UCUGCAGGUCUUCCUGAUGAUUUGAUCCAGAAAGGAAAAGAUGUGAAGAGUGUGACAGAAAUUGUGCAGACUGGGAAUCACUUUGUGAUCAAAGUGACCACAGGGCCCAAAAUCCUACUUAAUGAGUUCACUAUUGGCGAGGAGACUGAUUUAGAAACACUGACUGAUGAGAAGAUCAAGACUACCGUCAAUCUAGAGGGUGACAAGCUUGUCGUGAAACUGAAAGGAGUCACCUCUGUCACCGAACUUUCUGGCGAUCUUCUAACCAAUGUAAGAUUUGUGCGAUAA